AUGGACUUAACCAAGGUAGGAGAAGAGUGCCUAUUGCACUUAAACAAGCUAGAAGAAAUACAUAGUAAGGCAUAUGAGAAUACCAAACUAUACAAAGAAAGGAUCAAGAGGCAACAAGACAAGAAUUUAUUGCGUAAGUCUUUUGUCCAUGGAAUUAAAGUUCUAUUAUUUAACUCGCGUUUUAAAAUUUUUCCAAGAAAGCUUAGAUCAAGAUGGAAUGACCCUUUCGAAGUAGUGACGGUAUUCUGCCAUGGGGCAGUGGCAUUAUGUAACAAUAAAACACAUGAACAAUUCAAAGUAAAUGGCCAGCGUUUAAAGCCUUACUAUGAAGGAAUGGCUUAUGGACAUGAAGAAAUGGCUUAUGGAUAUGAAGUGGAGUGCAUUGAUGCACCACCAAUUUGA